AAAGCUGCGCCUUUUGCUGUGAACGGCGCAGUUAUGAAUAGCAUGAUGUGAAGAUUUAUGUUGAAUUUUUGCGUGCACACAAACAGUGUUUAGAAGAGGAAACAAAGUACAUCCACAUCUCAAUGCAACACGGCUGUUUUCUUUUUGGUUUUUAGGAAGCUAUGAGCGCCUUUUUUUGGUUAUAACCCAUACUUUGUUUUGUUUUGCUGAAGGGAUGCUGCACCCAAAGGGACAAGUGAAAAGAAGUAGUUCAGCCACGAGGGCUCCGAUGACCAUUCUUGCGCCAAUUACUGCCUAGCGCUUUAACGAGACACUGAUAGCCGAUGAUAGGAUCAUAUUGCCUUUCAGGUGCUUUUAUGCGCAGCCGCUGCACGCUGUGGAACAACAGAAAGUAUAACAGGGUUUGGUUACAGGAUGGUGGCGGAGAUGGCGAGCUGCGGAGCGGCUUGUCACCUGGAGGACGGAGAUGGAGAUAUCCCUGCACCUGAAAACAAAGAUAACCUGACAGAAAGUGACAGCAGCAGUUCAGAGAACACAGGAACAUCUGCUGAGGACAGCUCAGAGGAGGAAGAGGAGGAUGAGGAUUCUGAAGGCUGUGCUGAGAAGGACGGAGGAGAGGAAGACGAUGAAGAGGCCCAUGCAGAGGGGUCUAAAAAUGAUUCAGUCCCUGGACCUGUAGUAGAGGUUUCAAAUGGGAAAGAUGAAAGGCCCUUCAAAUUAUGCUGUGAAAAAUGCAAAGCCAUCCAGCAGAGCCAUGGCACUGAGCUUGUUACCCCCAAGAGGAUCUCUAAGGGACGAUUACAGGUGCAGCUGGAAGGAGAGGGCACAUACGAGUGUUCGGUCACCGGCCUGGUGUUUGAAGCAUCGGAGCGGGUCCUCGUGCGGUACUCAGUCUUGUCCUGGUCCAAGUUUGGUGCAUUCCUCCGGGACUCCUGGAAAUUUGCUGGACCAAUCUUUAACGUGGACACAGUCAAUAAGGAUGCGUCUGUCCUCACAUCCAUCCAGUUCCCUCACUCCGUCUGCCUUGCCGAUCCAGAAAAGGAGAUGAAAUUCAGUGUCCUGCACAUAAAGGACAACCGUCCACUCAUCGAGCCGACAGUGGACCACUCAGGUAGCCACGUUAAGUGGAAUGUGACGUCCCUGUCACCCGUGGGUCCCAUCAUUCAGACGAGCCAGUCUGUAGAGCGCCAUGGGGUGGUCCUGGUCUACAAGCAGCUGGGCAGUGACAACAACAACUACAGCUUCCACGUCUACUUGGCCACCAACAGUGCAUCCGACAUCAAGGAUAUAGGCAAGCAGGUACGGUGCUACAAAAACCGCUACAAAAAGAUAGAGAAGCCUCCCACAUGUAAACUGGAUGAGGGGAUGUAUCGUCUCCUGAGCGAGCCAGAGGGAGAGAUCAAACCUCAGGAUUUGAAAUUCACUCUUGCGGUGACUAAGAUGAAAGGCUACUUCGAAGCAUUCUUUGAGCAGCCUCCUCCCUUUAAACUGUCUCUCGUAGAGAUUAACACUGAGGAGACUGUAUGGUCUGCCACCAUCAGAGAAGGUGACUGUGUGGAUAACACUGAAAAGAAGCCAAGGAAAAGGACGAACAGCAGACAGAGGAGCAGCAGCCCCUCAGAAGAAGAAACAACCUGUAAAAGGCCUCGAUGGCAGGAUGAGUCAGAUGGAGGGAAAACAAUGAUGACUCAGGGCCAGGACAUGUCAGAGAAGCAGCUACUGCAGGUGGCCAGGCGGCUGGGGAAGGAGUGGAAGCAGGUGGCUAUCUUUCUAGACUUGACGUCCAGGGAGCUGGAUGAAAUCCAGGCAACAGAGAAAGAUGUGACCAUGCAGAAGCUGAAGAUGCUGGUAGAGUGGAAGAGCAGAAGGCGGCCGGGAGAGGCCACAGCAAACCAACUGUGGAAAAGUGUGAAGGAACUGGAUGACUUGCCAAAUGAGGUCCAUCAGACACUGCAAGACAUGAUGGACAAUCGAGCAGCUAAGUGAAAGAGACUGGACUUAAAUGGACUGUUGGAUAUUUGCUGUUCCAUCAUCAGUAAUAGAAAAAGAAAAUCUCAGGAAUACAGCAAAGCAGAGUUGACCAAUGGACCAAACAUCAGCUCUUCGCCCAGUUUGUGCAUCUCUUUUGAAUUUUUUUCUGGACAUGAAAGUGAGUGAACUAUGGAUGGGCAUUUUACCUGAUUUUGUUCUAAUGUAGUCCUUUGGUUCUGUAAUGAAUACAGAAUGGACAAGCUGUACCCAAGGCUUCCUUUGUGCAGCAAGAAUUUGAUGCUUAGCAUUACCAGGUUAAAAAAUGACCAGUAGAGGUGUAGCGGUCAUUGAGAUAUAUAGUAGCUAAUUAUGUAGCCAGUAACAUAUGUAAAUGUACUGUAGGUGUUGCAGUGUUGAAACUGCAAAAAUGGGAAAAAUCCAACCUGUGUAUCUUGUUUCACUUUUAAAUGUUAUGCUUUUGGGACUUUUUAUAAAACAAUUAGGGAUUACAUCAUAUGCACAUGCAUGUGACUGUCCAAAGCAUCACAGACUGAAGUACGUUUGUGUCUCAUACAUUUUGUAUACAUAUCUUUUUUUUAACCAACUAUUUCAAACCUGUGAUCUAUUUUUUUUAAGUCUGUUUUUGUAUAUUUACGUCUGUUUGUGUUUUAUUUGACAGCUCUGAACUUGUAAAGCUAAAUGGAGUUGCAAGAGGUCCUUAAUUAUGUUUAUCUUGUUUAACUUGAAUUAUGAAUCCAUUCCUACCCACCUGUGACUGGAGCGCAUAUCUUAUUAAGUAUAAAUGUUGUUUGUGUGUAUUAUAAAAGUGUACACUGUCGGGGGAAAAAAGAAUCACAAGCAUUUGGAUUUAGAGCUGAACUUAACUAUUCUACUUGAGUGCAGCUGCAGCCUGGCAACAUUCAUAUAGUUUUUAGGAGUCAUAUUUUCAAUGCUUAUUUCAUAGCUGUAGGGCUUAGAACACAAAAACAAACUAUACUGUAAUCAGCCUGUGGAAACAUUUCAGUUACAUUUUCUAAACAUCCCUACAUUAUUCAUAGCUUUGUUUCUGUUUUUUUCUCUAUAUUCAAAUUAUGCUGUUUCCAGACAUCUCAACACUAUUUGGGAAAAAGCUGAAAUGCAGAAAUGGCAUCUGGAUUGUUGAAUCUUUUAGGGUCUUCCAUGCCGAUAUGAUGCAGUAAUGUUUACAUUCAGAAAACAAGCUUGUUUCCUUAAACAACUCACCAAUAACAUUCCAGUCCGUCCUUUUUUGCACUUGUUUUCUAUCAUGUCUAAGUUCCUCCAGAAAAUUGUGGCGUAAUUGUAUCAAAGCACAUGUUGACUGAAUAAAACAAGCAAAUGUUUCUUUUUACUGAA